AUGGAGGAACAGAAACACAAGGCUCAUCACCCAUCACAGUCAGGUUCGAAGGCGGAGAAAAAGAGUAAAGCUAAAGACAAGGAGAAGCAGCAUGGGUUUAAUGAGAAGGCAUUUGCACCAAAAUCUGGUCGCCGUGCUGAUCGCCAGGCUCGACGCAAGGUUGAACGUGACCAAACUCGUCUUCAUGUCCCCACUGUGAACCGCACACCUGAUGACCAUCCUCCUCCCGUCAUUGUUGCAAUCGUCGGUCCUCCUGGUGUUGGGAAGACUACGCUGCUCAGGUCGCUUGUCCGUCGUCACACCAAACAGACUCUCAGUCACAUACAAGGGCCUGUCACCGUCGUCAGCGGAAAGAAGAAAAGGAUCACGUUCAUCGAAUGUAAUAACGACCUUAAUUCCAUGAUAGACAUCGGAAAGAUAGCCGAUCUUGUCCUUCUAAUGAUUGAUGGCUCAUAUGGGUUUGAGAUGGAAACCUUCGAGUUCCUUAAUAUCCUGCAAUCCCAUGGGUUCCCUAAAGUCAUCGGCGUUUUAACCCAUCUUGAUCUGAUCAAAAAGGCUGCGACGCUACGUACGACCAAGAAGACAUUGAAGAAGCGCUUCUGGACGGAAAUCUACCAAGGCGCCAAGCUGUUCUACCUUUCUGGUGUCAUAAACGGACGCUAUCCAGACACAGAAAUUCUGAAUCUUUCGCGCUUCAUCAGCGUCAUGAAGUUUCGUCCUCUGGUUUUUAGAAAUUCUCAUCCAUAUCUCCUGGCUGAUCGUCUGGAGGACCUUACAUCUCGUGAGGAAAUCCGUCAGUCGAACGGCAAGUGUGAUCGCACCAUCACCGUAUACGGAUACCUGCAUGGUACGAACCUGCGCCUCGGUAUGAAAGUGCAUAUACCCGGCGCUGGUGACCUCUCCAUGAAGAGUAUUUCGGUGCUCAGUGACCCAUGCCCACUCCCCGAUGCUGAUUCGGAGAGGAGACGGAAGUUGAGCGAGAAGAAGCAGCUGCUCAUCCACGCACCUAUGAGUGAUAUUGGAGGUAUCCUGUAUGACAAGGACGCGGUCUACAUCAAUGUCCCAGGAAACUUUACGCGCGGCGAUGCUGAUGCGCCUCAGGGGGAGGGAGAGAAAAUGGUAAUGGAUCUGCAGGACGUGAAAGCGACUCUCGAGGAUGCCGUCACUAGAAGCCAAAUCAAAUUGUUCGGGUCAUCGUCGAAGCCUAUAGUCGUUGCGGCAGGCCCCAGUAGAACAUCCCAUGAUUCGGAUGAUGGCCAGAGCUCGGGACAGUACAGCGACAGUGAGACGGAAGAUGAAGAGAACGGCGAAGCGGAGCUCGGAAUCGGUGCGAAAGAAGACCUAGACGAAGCUGAUUCCAGCGGCGAGCGGAAUGGUGCAUCGUCGCAGGCAUCUGAUGACGCACGCGCAGCUCGGUUUUCUGGCGAUCGUGGUCGUUCUACGCGUCGGAGGGUUCAUCGUUCGAUGAAUGAACUUCCUGCACACGAGGGUCCUGCUAGGGCCAUUGAAUACGCGGAAAGUGACCGUGACGAAGACAUGGAAUCUAUUCUGGACCGCGUCAGUCCGGUGAUGUUCGAUGACGAUGCCGGUCUCGAUCUCAAGAGUGAUGACGAAGACAUGUCCGACGACGAAGAAGCACCUAGGUGGAAGUCAGAUCUAAGAGAGAAGGCCAUCACGUCUUUCAUGCAGCAUUCGAGGAGAGGCAAACGAAAGGAUCUGACGAAGAUGAUCUACAUGACCUCCCUGUCUCCCGCGGAGAUCAUCAACAACGCCUCGUCGACGAAGCAAGGAGACGACCAUCCCGACCAACAGCUGGAUACGGAGGAUUUCUUUAACGUGAUCGACAAGGCGUCUCCGGAUGUGGAAGAUGUUGAUAUGACUAAAGGAGCUGUACACGCGGAAGACCUCGAAAAGUGGGAGGAAGAGGAACUGCUCGAGUCCAUCCGUCAUCUUUUCAUCACUGGAACAACUGCGGGUGACGAUGCUUCUGCGGACAAUGAAGCUGUCAACGAUGAGCACGUGGACGAAAAGCUAGGGGACGACGACCAGCAAGUUGAUUCUAUUGCAGAUCACGAGAAGCACCGCGCAGCGGCCUUGGUGGCGAAAAAGAAAGCUCUCAAGCGAAAGUUUGACGAGCAGUACGAUGACCCAGAAAGUUCGAAAAUGGACUUUUAUGACGAGCAGAAGGAGCGCAUGGCAAAGCAGCUGGAGAUUAACCGUGCAGAGUUCGACGACCUUGAUGCUGAGACGCGGGCUCUUACGGAGGGAUACCGGCCGGGAUCGUACGUGCGCAUUGAACUGGAGAAUGUGCCGUGUGAGAUGGUCGAGAGUUUCGAUCCGUCCUAUCCCAUUGUCGUAGGCGGUUUGCUGACCUCCGAGGAACGCCUCGGCUACGUCCAAGUACGCAUCAAGAGGCAUCGUUGGUACUCAAAAACGCUCAAGACUAAUGAUCCUCUGAUCUUCUCUCUUGGUUGGCGACGCUUCCAGACCAUCCCCAUUUACUCAUUGGACGACCACUCGAUACGGAUGCGUAUGCUGAAGUACACUCCUGAUCACAUGCAUUGCUUUGCAACUUUUUACGGGCCCGUUUCUCUGCCGAAUACUGGCUUCUGCGCCUUCAACUCCUUAUCGAAAGAUGUCGCCGGCUUCCGAGUAUCUGCUACUGGUGUCGUGCUGGAUAUCGACAGGUCCGUCAAGAUCGUCAAGAAGUUAAAGCUGACGGGAGUGCCGUAUAAGAUCUUUAAGAACACGGCCUUCAUCAAAGACAUGUUCACCAGUGCUCUGGAGGUGGCUAAAUUUGAAGGCGCUAACAUUCGCACUGCAUCGGGCAUUCGCGGACAAGUAAAGAAAGCACUCACAAAGCCGGAAGGGUCUUUCAGGGCGACGUUUGAGGACAAGGUGCUCAUAAGUGAUAUUGUUUUCCUCCGAGCAUGGUUCUCGAUUCAACCGCGGAGAUUUUACAACCCCGUCACGUCUCUCCUUCUCUCCGACAAGGCCAAGUGGGCUGGAAUGCGCCUGACUGGCCAAGUGCGCCGAGAAAAAGGCUUGAAGACGCCGCUCAACGUGAAUUCCACCUAUAAGCCGGUCGAACGACCAGCUCGUCGCUUCAACACUCUGAAGGUUCCGAGGAAACUGCAGGCCGCCCUCCCAUAUGCUUCCAAACCAAAGCUCGUCAAGCAACAACAUCGACAACCGUACCUGCAAAAGCGUUCAGUUAUCCUGGAGGCUGAGGAGAAGAAAGCCAUCGCAUUGCUGCAGCAGAUGCGGGCUCUGCGCAAAGAUCAGGUUAUUCGACGUAAAGAGAAGCAGGAUCAGCAUCGGGCCGCCUAUCGUAAGAAAAUAGAGAAAGAUGAGGCAAAGAAGAGCGAGAAGGAACGGGAGAAGCGGAAAGCGUAUAUGAGAGUAGCAGGCAUUAAGAACAAGCGAGAAAUCGUUCAAGAAGAAGGUGGCGGGCCUCAGAAACGCAGGAGAACAUAG